CUUUUCAUCGUCACGAGGUGCUAUCGCUAUCAGUGAGCAUCGGUUGAGAUCAGAAACGCCUCCCCACCACCAUUCCUUCGAACCAAACGAGAGGGAGAUACGCAAAAGCAACGAUGAGGGCCCAUGAUCGAGACAAAUUGUUGCGUGAUCUGGCUGAAUUGUGUCCCAGAGCGGCCAAAAACGGAGAAGUUGACAACCGACCAUUGCCAACUCAGCCACCAUACACGGCCUUCUGCGGAAACAUAUGGGGUGACGACAUAAACGAAAGUGGGCUAGCAGCGAUUUUCAGUGACCUUAAGGUGAAAUCUGUCAAGGUUAUGAGGGAUAAGGAUCACAAAUCCAGGGGGUUUGGUUUUGUUGAGUUCGAAGACAGAGUGUCAUUGAAGGCUGCCUUGCAGCGAACCUGGCAGCACAGCUUAGGUGGCCGACUUGUUCGAGUGAAGAUUGCAGACCCUCCAAAGGAACGGCCCACUAUUUAAUAGGUUUUUUAGUGACAGAAGUUUCAGAUCUGAGAAAUGAUAUUAUUCCCAAGCUUUGAUGAAGAUACACAUUUUGACACAGAUGGGUAGUCUUGUAAUUGUGGUUGGAAAGGGAGGGCAGGAGAACAUGUGUUACACUUUGAGUGUGGGGGACUGAAAUAUGUAUGUAAUGGAGUUGUAAAGUUUUGUGUACUUAUCCAUUCCUGGCACUUAUCCCCAGUGAAAACC